AUGAAUUUUUUAUUGGUAUUUGUUGAAUUACUGUUAUGGACUCAAUUUGGGGAAAGCGCCACGAUUGCAAAAGCUAAUGACGGUUGUAGAUCCGAUGAUUGGGGUCUUCAAGUAAAUUUAGAACAAGUUGGUUCCAAAUGCUACCAUUUUGGACAACAAGCAAUGAAUUGGGACGACGCUCAACAAUAUUGUGACAAUCAUGGUAUGACUUUAGCAACAAUUAUUAACGAGUCCGAACAAAAAGAAUUAAGAUGUCAUAUAAUUAAUUCAGGUUAUAUUCUGAAACAUUUCUGGACUGGUGGUCACAAAGUCGGUAAUACUUGGAAAUGGCUUAGUGGUGAUCAAAUGGUAUACACUGGAUGGUAUCCUCAUCAGCCAGAUAACUUUUUUGGGGUCGAAAGUUGUAUGGAAAUUUUAGAAUUGCUUGAUUCCUUUGGAUGGAACGAUAUACAUUGCAAUACUCGAACGAUAUUCCCAUUGUGUCAAACAAAAUCGCAAAUAGAACCCAGAGGCGAAACCGAGGUGCAGAGUAUUUAA